GGUGGCUGGCGGGGCUAGCCGCUGGACGCCAAAGGCGCGAAGGGCAGUUUGACCUGUAGGCUUUGGAGGAGAGGAACCUGUGGCUUAAACUCUGCCGAGUGGACAAUUGCUUUGUGAUGGAAAACCUAAGAAUUGAGCCCAGGUAGUUUUUCAGAAAUUCCCUUCCCGCUCAAUGGGCUGCUACUAUUGGCGAAGGCGGACCACGCCCCUUUUCUGAAAAGCAAGAUAUAACAUGCCAGGAGCUCUCAUGGCCCAGGAUCCUACAAAGCUGCAAGCAGAGGUGGAGCGGCUAUCAGCUGAGCUGCAGGAAGCAACCCAAGAGAAUGUCCAGGCAGCCCAGUAUGGGCUGGCUGUGCUGGAGGAGAAUGAUGAGCUCAAGCAGCGCUGUGGAGAUCUGGAAGGUCAGCUAGAGGUGCUACGUGUAGAAUUGGCCCACGUGAAGGAGGCUUUGGCAGAGUCUCAUAGCAGUCAUAAACGAGUAGCAGCUGAUGGGGAGAACAGAGAAGAGUGUCUACUCAGGGAAUCCGCUUCCAAAGAGGCCCAACUGACUCAAACCAUUGAGGAGCUCCAAAGUGAUGUGAAAUUCCUGAAAUCCCAGCUUGACAAUACAGGGGUGGAAAAUGAGCGGCUCAAUGUGGCUCUACGAGACUUAAGGAAGGAGUGCCAAACCCUGGAGUCUGAAAAAAAUCGGUUGCGUGAGGAGAUGAAACAAGCCAAGUCACAGGAGCUCCGCCAGUUGCAGGACUGUGGAGAGCUUGAGGAAGAGAACAUCUCCCUGCAGAAACAAGUCUCCAUCCUGAGGGGGAGUCAGGUGGAAUUUGAGAGUGUCAAGCGUGCCCUGAGGUGCCGUGAGGAAGAGCUCGUGCUGGCUGGUUCCCAGCUCCAAGAACUGGGUCGUCUUCGGGAUCUGGCAGAACACCAACUUCAGGAGGCCCUUGAGACUGUCCAGGCUGAGCGUGAGCAGAAGCAGGAACUGCGGCGGGAGCUAGCCAUCUAUGUUGGGGGGCGUCAUGAUUCUCUGAACAGCUUGCAGACCAACAUAGAGGAGCUCAGCCACAGCCACAGAGAGUGUGAGGAGCAAGACAGUGGUUUUGCCAAUGGUAGCAAUGUAGGGGGCCUGACAUCCACACCCCACGGCUUCCAGCCUGCACCUGGUCUUGUUGCAGACCUCUUCAGUGAACUUAGCUUGGCAGAGAUUCACAAGCUACAGCAGCAGCUCCUACAGGCAGAAAAGGAAAAAGCUUCACUAGCCUCUGAUCUGCAAGAUCUCAAGAAGCAGCUGACCAGGACUAAGGAGAUCUUGGCCCAGCAGCAGUUGUGCAACAGCCGUCAAGUAGAUCAGCUUCCAGCCUUGGAGGCUAACCCUAGUGCUAAUAACGGUGGGGCUGGCCUGUCACUCAGUAAUAGGGAAUGCUACCGUGAGGAAUUGGACAGGGCCCAACUGGCAAUCCAGCAGGAGAGGGAGGCAGCUGCCCACUUAGAAGCUGAGUUGAGGACUGCUAGGCGGAUGACCAGAGAGUGUCAGUCACGGCUGGCUCAGACUCAGGAGGAGCUCCUAAUUUUUUCUGAGGAUAUGGCAGCUCUGUACCAUCACAUUUGUGCCUGCCACAACAUAACCCCUCAGCGUGUGGUAUUGGACUAUUACAGGGAAGGCCGUGGUGUCCAAAGUGUGCGCAGGAGGCAGUCCUCCAGGAAACAUACGUUCACAGAAAUAGAGACAAGUAGCAGUGGAGACAGGUCACCAGCCAGUAGCCCUGGAUCCCAAUGCAGUUUGGAGCCUCUUCAUGUUGCCAAUCUGACAGCGAUCUUGCGAGAACAGCUGGGUUAUCUGCAGGUGGCACUGUCCGUUGCACAUCAGCAGAGCCCAAUGGGGCAUGGAGCUGAACUGGAACGUGAUAAAGAAGUUCUGGUGGAGGAAGUGCUGAAACUGAAGUCCUUGUUGAGUACAAAGCGUGAACAGAUUGCUACACUGCGCACAGUGCUUAAGGCCAACAAGCAGACAGCAGAGGCGGCCCUCUCAAAUCUCAAAGGACAAUACGAAGGUGAAAAGGUGCUGGUGUCAGAGACCAUGACCAAGUUGCGUCACGAGCUCAAGGCCUUGAAGGAAGAUGCUGCUACUUUCUGUUCCCUACGUGCCAUGUUUGCUAGCAGGUGUGAUCAGUAUGUGAGCCAGCUAGACGAGAUGCAACGGCAACUGGAGGCUGCAGAGGAUGAAAAGAAGACUCUAAACUCCUUGUUACGCAUGGCUAUCCAGCAGAAGCUGGCACUCACACAUCGACUGGAGGCUCUUGAAAACCCAGUCGAAGGGUUGCGGGGCAAUAGGAGAGCACUCAGACCCGCCAAGGGUAGUGCGAGAUGAGACUAACAGGAUUUCUUGGUGAUUCGGAAUGCUCUGUGACUACAGGACUCCAGUUCUCUUUUGGGUAACCGAAAACACUUGGCACCUGCAAUCUGGAGCCACUCAAGAAGAAAACUGGAUAAGGAGAGAGCCUCUAGCCAGCACAUGCUUCUUUAUCUCUCCUCCUCCUGUGUCUUACUGCCUUAAGAAUUCCCAAAGAUACACUUUCUCUCUAAAUGUGUCUCUGGAACUGUUUUGUGAAGCACCUCUAAUACUAUGCCUUUUUCUUAGCUCUAUUCUAAUGACAGUGAUGCUUGCCUUGAAUGAGGCUGCAUGCUUAGUGUCGAUUGGCUGAAAGAAAGUAUGUGGGGGUCUCCUCUUCCACUACCCCAUAUUUCCUUUCCCCCCCCCCUCAUUGACCCUCCAUUUAUUCUGCUUACCUGUUUGCCACAAGUUUUACAAGUAGCUUGCAGCACAAUUUGCAACUGAUUGAUGAAUGCAUAGAUUGAAUCAAGAUGUGAAACUAGCUCCAUGUAACCAUGAGAUGUGUUGUCAGAUAUUCGGGUACCUGGAAGUAAUUUUGCACCUUGGAGCUAGUCAACCCCUUGGUUCCCCUUAAAUAAAUGAUUUCAUUGG